AUGGAAUCUUCAAGCUCACACCUCACUAGCACCAGUGCCGCUACUGAAAAUGCAACAACUACGAAGGCUAGCACGGUCCGACAUAUCGAUUUCAUGGAACACUUGGAAUUCCGAGGCAUCACAGAUAAAUCUUCAGGUGACGGAAAGCUUAAAGAACUCGGUCUAGACAAGAUUAUCGAUGCGGCGCCUUCACACGUCGAAUUUGGGAAAUUCGAAAGUCUCCUCAGAGUGUUGGAAGACUACCUUAAGAAGUUCAGGAAGUCAGUGAAGGAUCGGUCUUCCGAGAAUGGUCUCCCCGUUUAUGAUGCUUUGAGGCACGAGAUAAGUCACUGGAGGCCUGACACUGGGGGUUACAGACGGUUUCCUCCAAUGUCUCCCCAGGACUUUGCAUGGGACCAAACACAAUGCUCUACUUCGAGUGAGGCCGAUUUUCACAGAACCAUCAUGAUCUCCAUUAUAGAUCGCCUCGAUUUUCGCGGUAUUUUCACGUUUAGCUGCGAGGAACAAUGGCGCAUUGAAAAGAAGCUUUUGAUAAAAGCAACAAAGGAUAGCAGCAAGAUCACGCAGCCGAAACCCGACCUUGCCAUAUCGUUUCAUCGAGACGCCUUCAUAGAGUCGACACUCCUCGAGUUUCCCAUCGAGCUCGGGAGUUGCCUGCAUCCGGGCAAGAGAGGACGUGAGCGAUGGUUUCCAUUCCUCUUCUUGGAAGCCAAAAGGGAGGAUAGCUCGCUCCGUACCGCAUUCGAGAAGAAUCUGUACAGCACCAGCCAGGCGCUCUUCAAUAUCUUCCAGUGGAUGCGCCAAGUUCCCCAGCUCCUCGAGAAAUUUUUCAAAGAUGUUCGAACGUUCAGCAUAGUUCUUAACAAUGAAGACAUGGUGUUGAGAAUGCAUCGCGCCGAGGGAAAUACAGAUGAUCGCCUUAGGUACCAUUUCACGGAAGUGGCCAAUAUCCGAAAUUACAGCCGCGAUGCCGCCUGCCACAUGGUCAAGAGUGUGUUAUUAGACUACGCGUUGCCACAUCUACAUCCCAUCCUGAAAGAAACCUUCCAGAGUGUUGCUGAAUUGGAUCACUUGAGAGGGAGUGGAGCAAAGCGCAAGCAGGACCUCAUGGAUGCACAACAGUCCAAACAGAUCAUUGACGACCGCCCGGGGCCCGGAGAGACAGAUCCUCCUCAACUGCAGGGCAUUAAUACGGGGAUAUCCUUCGAUGCCGACAAUCUGACCUUAGCUGGGCCGCCCAAGCGGAGCAAAAAAGGUCGACGUGGUCGGUGA